UGGCUCAGGUGUUUUUGUUUCUUGUCUUUGCUGUUGGUGUAAAAUGUUUACAACAUGGUACAUUGCGAAUAGGCCARACAUCACCAGACAGUUAUUACUGUGAUGAUAUCAUCUUCCCAAAGRCCUUUUCAGGGGCUGAAUCUGUUAAAGUCUUUACUUCUGUAGGCUUUGGUUUGAGAUCUUCGCGUGUUCAUGACGUAGUGUUCACGUGGGUCGAAUCAGUCACUACAAUAGGAUUUAAAGUUUGCCUAUUAGAGAGUGGGACUGGAUCCAAUGGGAAUGCGACUAUUAACUGGAUAGCUUAUCAAGAAGCGGAGUCUGGUGUUGACGAUGGGACUGUGAGGCUUAAUGAAUGGACGACUGAGACUCAAUGCAGCCGUGUGCCACUAACAAAGAUUUAUUCCAGAAAACCACAUGUUUUCGUUACUGCUCUUCACAAUGUGUUGGAUAGAAAACAAGAUGCAGCCACUGUUUGGGUCAAGGACAUCACAAGAGAUACCUUUACAGUUUGCAUGAGGGAAGCAAGAACCUUUGAAGGGCGCCACAAAGAUCUUGAAGUGAUUUGGAUGGCAAUGAUUGAUGUCCCCAAGACAUGGAAAUAUCGCGACUUCAUCAGCCUCGAAUUCCCAAGCUCGCUUAAACCCACAGAAGCUGACAAUGAUGCGUUAUGUAAGAUGAUUAAUUUCAAGGAACCUUACUAUGCACCACCCACAAUAGUUCUUACCCCACAAAGCUUGUACGACAAUAACGACAGCAGCAUUAACUCUGCAUCCUCUUCAUGUAACUCCAUUUCUGCCUGGGUUGAGGAAACUACAARCUUUCACUUCAAGACCUGUGCAAAAUCUUUCUCGGGAUUAAACGGAAAACAGCAUCCUAUCCAAGUACAAUACCUUGUGUUUGGAGAUCUUGAUCCUUGCAUUAACAAAACCUGUGAAUACUUUGGUGUUUGUGAAGCGAUAUCGCCAAGUAUUGGUCAAUGCGUGUGUGUAAAACAAUGUCCUCCUUACCAAGAUCUCGUGUGUGCUUCCAACGGCCGAACUUUUGAUAACAUAUGCACAAUGAAAAGAGAGAUUUGUCAAACUAAUGGCAACUAUUCAUAUUACCAUCCAGGCAGUUGCCAUGGUUUUCCUUUGGAUAAAGGGAGGAAAUCUCUUAGUAAAGAUUCCUCUUUUUCCGAAUCUCACUGUGAGGUGGUUUMUUUUAAACCCUAUACGUUUUACCCAAACAAACCCAUCCAUGUCCAGAUGACAGUGAACUACAUAAACACGUCAUAUCCGGUUCAAAUCCAUGAUGCAACAGUCGUGUGGUCAGAAAAUGUGAACCUGGAAAAUUACACUGUAUGUAUUGCCAAGACUGGUAGAAACGACAAAGAGACAAGCAAUGUGGCGUCUGUUGAUUGGAUAGCUUAUCAAGGCUCCCCUAAUGGAGCGAUGACUGGAAAGGAGCCAAUAGCAAAAUGGGGAUCUGGUACAAAGUGUACAACCCUAUCAUUCCCAAAAGGAAAAUUCACAAAACCUCCCACAGUUUUAGUCACCCUAGAUCACGAAAGAGAUGGAUUAAAAUAUGACGCUGCCAGCGUUUGGACGGAAAACAUUACCUCAUCAUCGUUUCAAGUUUGUGCAAGAGAACUACAAAACUUUGAUGGAAUUCAUGAGGAGCUUGAAGUGGAUUGGAUAGCGUUUGAAACACUUCAUUUUCCACUCUUUUCGGAGCAUGGCAGCGUUUACUUUCCAAAUGAUCACACUCCAUUAGAAUCCAACAAUUACGCGUUUUGCAAGAAUGUGACUAUGAAAAGAAACUAUACAACGCCUCCACUUGUGAUGAUAACCGCUACUCACACCACAGUUGCUGGUAGUACUAAGCCAACGUGUAACGGAAUUUCUGCUUGGAUAGAGGACAUAAGCAUGACAGUGUUCCGAGUAUGUCUUCAAGAGCUGUUUUCUGAACAGUAUGACCCUGUAUCCAUACAGUACGCAGUUGUAUCAGAUAUCUGUGGCAAAGAGUGGACAUACUUUAAUGGCUUCUGCUACAAAACGAACUCCUCUUGCUUGUCAUGGCAAGCUGCUCAAUCCAGUUGCAUUGCCGACAAUGCCAACCUAACGUCCAUUACAAGUCAAGAAGAGAAUACAUUUGUUCAGCAUCGACAUGCUGGCGAUACAGGCUGGAUAGGUUUACAGGAUAUUGACAGCGAAGGCAACUUUACCUGGAUUGAUGGCACUUCUUCCAACAACUUUACAUACUGGGCUCAGAACCAACCAAACGAUUACCCUGGUGACCAGGAUUGUGUGCACACUUUGGGACUACGUCAUGACUAUCAUUGGAAUGACGUUAGCUGCGAGUCUUGUCACGCCUUCACAUGUAAACGAGAGAUAGACGAAUGCCUAACAAGUGAUGUUUGCCAUGCUAAUGCAGAAUGUAUUAACAGUCACAGAUCUUUUCAUUGUGAAUGCAAACCUGGUUUCAGCGGUGAUGGGUUUCAGUGCACAGCCAUUGAGCCUAGAUCAUGCCUUGACAUCCUUCAGCUUAAGAUGUCACAUGGAACUGGUGAUCAAUACUGGAUCGACCCAUCCAACUCAGGGGUCCCAUUUCAAGUGUUUUGCGAUAUGGAUACGGAUGGAGGAGGAUGGACUUUGGUGUCUAACUAUGUCAUUCCAAGUUCGGGGUUCAAGCCAUCUCUUGACGUCAUUUAUUCGUACGCUGGCAUUGGGCGCUAUGGAAACCAAAGAAUGGUCAUAUCUUCUGAUGCAUUGCGGGAUCUUCAGUUGGURACCUCAUUCACGCAGUUGAGAUGGCAGUGUCGAAAGUCGUCCGUGGGGCGCACGAUAGACAUCAUGACAUCCAAGAAUGCCUCUGGAUAUGCUACUGUCGAUUACUUUAAGUCAGCUAACUCCCCAAGGCCAGAUAUCUGUGGCUCGUAUUAUUCAGGACCUGAUGACAACUCAUUGACUUCAAGACGAAAAUGCUCAGAAUGGUGUUAUAUUGGAAAAUGGUCUCAUGCAGGAUGGGAAGACAAGUAUUACAAAGUCUAUGAUCAUCCCUUUUACGUGGCGCAUAACUACCACUUUAUUAUCACCUCUGGACCAAGGCUGGAAUGCGAUGACUACAAUGGCGGUGUCUCACCUGGUGAUUUCUGGAAGAUUUAUGUUCGUUAAACUAUGGCACAUCAAGUUUCUAUAGAUUUUUUUAGAUCAUUGACAAUUAUAGAUUUUUUUAUAUCAAUUUAUUCUUAUAACAUUAGAAAUAGAAUUAGAAAUUAAAUAUAUUGGAAAAGAAUUGAAGAUCAACAAAGGGAUUUACACUCAUGUGUCUAAAUUUAGUUGUAAAACCUUUGGCGGAUAAAGUGAGUGCACUCUAUAAGCAUAAUGACAAGAAUUUCAUGUAUAGGAAUAGAUUAGACUUGCUCCAAUAAGUCUCUGUUUACUCUCGGCCAACGAUGAAAUUUCCCUUAUGAACGCUAUUACGAAGAGUUGCCGUGAGAAUGGGCAAGAGAAGAGUAGAGGAGCAUAAUAUAUACGUAAAAGGUUUGUAUCGUUUGUGUCGGUAUCAUGUAUGGCAUGAAACAAGAACAAGAAAUGCUACAUAUAAUUCUGAAAGGUAUUGAAAAUAUGAGAAACAUAUAUCUGUUAUAUAAGUAAUACAGUGGCCUACAUGCCAUUAAGUAGUUUUAACUACUUCCACGUCACUGGAAGCCAUGUGAUUAUAUAUUGACACAAAUGAUAAUAAAGUGUAAAAGUGUACUUUUGUAGAUAUGCUGAAUAUUAUUUAGGAUUAAUAAUUUGAUUUGUUAUUAUGACAUACAUAUUUAUGAAAAAAUAUUGAGUUCAAAAGUUUUUACGUGAUUGGUAGUCCUAACUGAACUUCGAAGAUUGCUUGGAUGAUGCCCUAUGGGUGAUUUUAUGAACAAAGAGUUGUGGUUGUCCUCCGCGAGAACAUUUUAAAAAAAUUCCCAAGAUGCACAUCGAUCUUGUUGUCACAAUGUAAUAA